GCCAAAUUUUUGUACCGAAAACUGUGUUAGACGCGGCUGAUAGGCGGCUGAUAUUUGAUGAGCAGCAGGCGGGAAAUGAAGUGACGAAAGUCACGGCAGAAGGCCAAAAUGGAUAAAAUAAGCUGAUAUGCUAAUCAGCUGUUUGUUUAUGUGGUGCCUUACUUGUGGGUGCUCUGGUCACACUGCGCGGCCCAUGUGCGAGUAGUUCGUAAACAAAUAAUUUAUUUUCAAAAUAAAAUAAAUAAAAAUGGUUCGGAAACUCAAAUUUCAUGAGCAGAAGCUGCUCAAAAAGGUGGACUUCAUCACCUGGAAGGUGGACAACAGCGGCAAGGAAAACAAAAUCCUUAGGCGCUUUCACAUUCAAAAAAGAGAGGACUACACCAAGUACAACAAGCUGUCCAGAGAAAUACGGGAACUGGCAGAGAGGAUAGCCAAGCUGGAUGCUUCAGAACCUUUCAAGGCGGAGGCCACGACCAUGCUCCUUAACAAGCUGCACGCCAUGGGAGUUUCCAACGAUCAGCUCACUUUGGAAACGGCGGCCAAAAUAUCCGCCAGUCAUUUUUGCCGACGCCGCCUACCCGUGAUCAUGGUGAAACUGCGAAUGUCGGAGCACCUGAAAGCGGCCACAGACCUCAUAGAGCACGGUCAUGUGCGGGUGGGUCCGGAAAUGAUAAAGGAUCCCGCUUUUCUGGUGUCCAGAAACCUGGAGGACUUUGUCACCUGGGUGGAUGGCUCCAAGAUCAAGGAGCAUGUACUCCGCUACAAUGACAUGCGGGACGACUUCCAAAUGUAGAGACUACCUUUAAGAUUCCCAGUAGAGUAAUUAAAACUAAUUUUUAAUAAGAACCGC